AUGGCUCAACGUUCAGCUCAUAAUAAUGAUUUAGAUAGUGAUCCAGAAAGUGACAGAGAAUACCGCGAACCUGAGCAUGUCGUCGAAAAAAUACUAGAUAAAAUAAUUAUAAAUAGUAGAGUUUAUUAUGAAGUCAAGUGGGUUGGAUUUGCUAAUCUAGACAACUCGUUAGUUCUUGGAGAAAGACUCAAUUGCUGUGCAAUGAUUAGAGAAUUUGAGGAACAACGAAAGAAGCAAGAAGAGGCAAAAGAAUGGUUGUAUACUGAUUCAGGCGAAAUUCCUACAAAGAAGCGUAAAAGUACAAGAUCAAAAAAGUAAAUUGGGGGCCGUUUACUUAUGACGUCCAGGGGGGGGGGGGGGGUCAACAAGAAAAGAACAAUAGAAAUUCCU